AUGCAUUCUGUCUUUCAUCUGCUUCUGUUAUCUUCCCUUUGCUCUUCAGUUCAAGGUGGGGUCGUAUCAAAUCAUUUUUUAUAUUUUAUUUGAAUGCUAGGCGUGUUUGCCCGAAAUCACAAAGGACGAUUAAAACCUGUUCAACUUGUUGAGAAACGCCGUUCCUCGGAUUCUCUUGACGAUGAUGCAUCUCCUUUUGAGGAUCCGAACAGCAAUCUGCUGAAUUAUAUUAAGUAAGGAGUUUCUUUUUUAUAUUUACUCAUGUCAAUUCAGACAUCGAGCAAGGCCGUACCGUCGACCAGUGCUCCAUCUAGAUGAAAUCACUCAUAUCCAUGUACGGGCAUCGUUAUAUCAGAUAGUAGAUUUGGUGCGUUUGCAUUUCAUUUUUAGACCCCUUUAUAGGAUCAACGUAACAACCUUGCUACCUUGUCGGCAUACUUUGAUGUACGAUGGACUGAUCCUUUCAUUGCCUGGAAUUCUUCUGAUUUUGGGGCGAAUGUGACAUUCGUGCCGGCCAGAUGGGUCUGGAAACCAGAAUUUUAUUUUUUCCACAGGUGAUUACCGCCGUGUCUGAUUAAUAGUAUUUAUUGUUACAGUAUCCAAGGCCGCACUCCAGAGUAUGAUUCGGAAGCCACGGCUGAAGUUAUGUACAACGGCACAGUCAGAAUGUUUGUCCCCAUCACAUCAAGGGCGCUGUGCCCCAUUAAUGGUAGCUAUUUGUAGAGUCGCUACAUUACUUUAAACAUCAUUUCAGUGAAAUAUUUUCCAUACGAUGUCCAAAAUUGCUCAUUCAAUGUAAGUUUAUAUAUUUUUAAGUUAACAUAGGGCAUACAUGACAUAUAUUAGGAGGAUUAACCAAGGAGUAGAGGACCGGAGAACUCCAGAAUCCCUUUGAAUGGGGAUCGGGGCCGGCAGUUCUGAAGCCAGAUUUUUACAUUGCCUCUCCAUCGAAUAGACCUUUUCCUUGA